UCAUGUCUGUCAGCUCAAAAGCGUGCGUCUUUCGACCCUUCUUCAACUUUGUUGUAGCUACUUUGAUCCCUCUCUGAACCCAAUUUCAUUGCGUCCAUCUGUUAUCAAUCAAUCAUGUCAGGAACUGCUUCCCCAUCAGUUUUGGUCUUAUUUUUGUGCAUCUCUGGUGUAGCACAAGCUCAAGUUUCUGCUCCUACUCCUGCUCCGCAACCUCAAGCCACUAAUGCCACCACUGACCCAUCUCAAGCAAGAGUUUUGAAUUCAGUGUUUGAGAAAUGGAAUAUUCGGGCCAAUCCGAAGCAAUGGAACACAACCGGAGACCCAUGCAGUGGAGCUGCCAUAGACUCCACCAGUCACUCCACCAAAUUUGAUGACCCCGCUUACAACCCCUUCAUCAUAUGUGACUGCUCUUAUCAAUCCGGCACCAUUUGCCACAUUACACAACUGAAAGUUCAGGACCUGGAAGUUGUUGGUGUAAUUCCAGACGAGUUAUGGAGUUUGACUUCCCUCACCAAUCUGAAUUUGGAAAGGAAUUGCCUGACAGGACCUCUCUCUGCAGCCAUUGCAAAUCUAACUGGCUUGCAAUACUUUACUAUUGGCAUCAACGAUUUAUCAGGCGAGAUACCAAAAGAAAUUGGACAACUUACUGAACUGAGAUCAUUGUCUUUUGGGAGAAACAACUUUUCGGGUUCUCUGCCAUCUGAGCUAGGGAAUUUAUUCAAAUUACAACAGCUUUACGUAUCGAGUUGUGGAGUUAGCGGUGAGAUUCCACCAACUUUUGCUAAUCUACAAAACUUGGAGUUUUUUUGGGCUAGAGACGUUGAACUCUCUGGCAGGAUACCAGACUUCAUAGGGAAUUUGUCAAAGCUUACUUCCUUGAGGUUUCAAGGAAACUCUUUCGAAGGUCCUAUACCAUUUGCAUUUUCCAAUCUGACAUCUAUUAAAGAGCUACACAUUAGUGAUUUGUCGAAUGCCAAUGGGAGCUCUUCUCUUGCGUUUAUUGAGAAUAUGAAGGCUCUAAGUAUCUUGGUGCUGAGGAAUAACAAUAUUUCUGAUUCAAUUCCUUCCGAUUUUGGAUUAUACCAAAGUUUGUCUCAGCUGGAUUUGAGCUUCAACAAUUUAACUGGACAGAUACCAGACUCACUCUUUAAUUUGAGUUCUCUCUCCAUCUUGUUUCUUGGAAACAAUAAGUUGAAUGGCACCCUUCCCGAGUAUAAGACAGCAUCUCUUCUCAAUAUUCAAAUUGUUUCUCUUCAUGAUGUGGACUCCUAUUCUAGCAAAAGCCUGAAAUAUAAUCUACUGGGUUCAGGGGGACACAUGGAGAAAAUGAGAGAUUUGUCGUACAAUUAUCUAGAUGGGAGCAUUCCUUCUUGGGUCAAAGAAGAAAAAUUACAGCUUAAUUUAGUUGCCAACAACUUCAGCAUAGAAAGUUUACAGAGCAGUGGUCUUCCUUCAGGGUUGGCUUGCCUUCAAAGAAACUUUCCUUGCAAUCGUGGCCCUGCAAUCUAUUAUAAUUUUGGGAUUAAUUGUGGAGGACCUGAGAUUACGUCUUCCUCCGAUGGGAUUGUGUAUGAGAAGGAAAAUGAACCCCUUGGACCAGCUUCAUAUUUUGUGACAGGCACAAGCAGAUGGGGAGUUAGCAAUGUCGGACAUUUCGCUGGCAGUACCAAUCCUCAGUAUACAAGUUUCUCCUUAUCUCAAUUCACAAAUACUUUUGAUUCUGUGCUAUUCCAGACUGCAAGGCUCUCUGCUUCAUCAAUUAGAUACUUUGGCUUGGGGCUUCAGAAUGGUAACUACACCGUGAACCUCAAGUUUGCAGAACAUGUCAUUCUGGCUGCUACUACCGGGAAAUUUCUUGGGAGACGUCUUUUUGAUAUUUAUAUCCAGGGCAUUCUGGUAUCAAAGAAUUUUGAUAUACUAAAGGAGGCAGGUAUGUCAUCUUUCGGAGCUGUUCAGAAGCCAUACACGGCUCAUGUUUCGGAGAACUACCUUGAAAUCCAUCUCUUUUGGGCUGGAAAGGGGACUUGCUGUAUACCUGAGCGGGGUACUUAUGGACCUGCUAUUGCAGCCAUCAGUGCUACACCGGAUUUCAUACCUACUGUCAGUAACAGCCUUCCAACUAGUAAGAAGAAUAGAACUGGGCUGAUUGUUGGGAUUGUUGUGGUUGGUGGAGUAAUUUUGGUUCUGUUGUUUGUGGCUUUUUAUCUUAUUCAAAGAAGAAAAAGGUCUGACCCUGAUGAUGACGAAGAGCUGUAUGGGAUAGAUGUUGGACCGCUUACUUUCAGUUAUCCUGAACUAAAGACAGCUACAAACGACUUUGAUGAAGCUCAUAAGCUUGGAGAGGGAGGAUUUGGACCUGUCUAUAGAGGAACACUUAGUGAUGGAAGAGUAAUUGCUGUGAAGCAAUUGUCUGCAGCAUCCCACCAAGGAAAGAACCAGUUUGUAACUGAGAUUGCCACUAUAUCUGCUGUGCAACACAAUAACCUCGUAAAGUUGUACGGAUUCUGCACUGAGGGAGUUAAACGGCUCCUUGUCUAUGAGUAUCUGGAGAACAACAGCCUUGAUCAAGCAUUAUUUGGAGAGAGACGUUUAAAUCUUGAUUGGUCAACACGUUUUAAUAUAUGCUUGGGCAUAGCUAGAGGUUUAACUUAUCUUCACGAAGAAUCAAGGGUUCGAAUUGUACACAGAGAUGUGAAGGCCAGUAAUAUUCUGCUUGACACUAAUCUCAUCCCCAAGAUAUCGGAUUUUGGUUUGGCUAAGCUUUUUGAUGAGAAAAAGACCCACAUAAGUACCCGUGUUGCGGGAACAAUUGGGUAUCUUGCACCGGAAUAUGCCAUGCGUGGACACCUUACAGAGAAGACUGAUGUCUUUGCCUUUGGUGUUGUGGCUCUUGAAAUUGUCAGUGGUAGGCCAAAUUCUGAUCCGAGUUUGGGUGAAGAAAUGACUUAUCUUCUUGAAUGGGCUUGGCAAUUGCAUGAAAACAGACGGGCAGUUGAACUAGUGGACUCUAGAUUAUCUGAAUUCAAUGAGGAAGAAGCACAACGAAUAAUCAAAAUAGGACUUUUGUGCACUCAAACAUCACCAAUGCUGCGACCAUCCAUGUCCCGUGUAGUGGGAAUGCUUUCAGGAGAUAUGGAAUUGACAACAGUAACUUCAAAGCCCGGUUACUUGACAGACUGGAAAUUUGAUGAUUUAACUACAGUCACCAGCCUAACAGAACUGGACGGUGUAAGUAUUGUCACCAACGUGACUGAUAUGACGACUAGAGGAACUGAUUUUAGCUUCAACAACUCAUCAGCAACUACAAGCAUAAUGGGGCAAUCACCUCCUAAUGCCAUUCAUUCUAUGUCUAAAAAUAAUGUUGAUGGUCGGUGAGAAUUCUGAACAAGGAAUCGAGUGGUACGUCCCUAAAGAUCGAUUGUUUUCAUUUUCUUUGAGGAGGGCGUGAGAAUAUACACGCAACUUUUGAUUCUUCAUGUAUAAAGUGAAACUCUCAUUUAUUGUUUUUGUAUCUUAUUGUCUUUUG